AUGGCGGAGCCAGCUGGGCCCCUUCAAAAUCAGUUUGUCUUGAACACGCUGUCACUUUAUCACGGGCCCCGAGUCAAGAUGAAGAUAGGAUCCCAUGAUUACGAAUAUCUCGUCUCCAAAGACCUGCUCUGCUCAAAGUCUGCAUAUUUUUCGACUAUGUUCAACGGUCCCUCUCAAGAGUCCCAGGAGCAGGCAGCAACCUUGGAAGAAGGAGAGGGUCUUUCUGUGCGCACUUUCAAUGCCCUUAUUCAGUGGCUCUAUACUGGAGAGGUGAAGUUUAAUGUCAAGGAUCGCAGUGAGAAAAUUCUGGAUGCAAUUGAGCUUGCGAGAGUUGCGCUUAUGUGGAAUGUGUCUGAUUUGGAAUCUCCUACCGCGGAGUAUAUCAAGCGGAUCAUUCUAAGAAAUGACUUCCAGAACUUCAGCUCUAACGUCCGGUACAUCGGCUCCGAUCAUAUCGCUUCGGUAUGCCUUUUACCCUCUGGGAAUUCAGUACGCCAGAUGUUGGCUGCGGCAUCGGUUGAAGAAUUCUUCCUUGUUGAUACUUUUAAACUUGCCAAGGAGGCUCAGGAGAAUCCCGAAUUUGCAGCAGACCUCCUUCAUGAGAUUCAUGAGCCGCUUCGCAGAGUCAUGGGUAGGCUUGAAUACUCCAAUCAGAUGCGCGACCUGUUUGAAGAUCCUCUUAGUGGAAGGCCUUUCCCGGUAUGA